AUGGCUGGUGUUAUAUCCGCCGCCAACAUCGGCGGCGUUGCCGAUCCUCGCCUCGGCAAUGAAGCAGAUAUCAUUGGUACUAAGAAAGAACACCCCGAGAUGGAUAUUCAUCACGACAUUGAACCUCCCAAUUUGAAUGGAUCCGGCUCCAUCUAUCUGGAUACUAGCAUCACAUUCGAGAACUACACUUACUGGGCCAACCGAUCCCGUGAGGCGGAAAAGAGCAUUCGCACAGACAACGUCGGUUUCGCCGCUUUAGGAAACCUCCUGCUUAACCGCAAGGGUAAACGGGAGGAGCCUGCGGCCGAACCUACUGAGCCUGAGCCUGUUACCGAUGAGAAGAAGGAAAUUGAUACUAAGGCUGCCGUCGACGCGCCAAGGUCCGACGAAUCAACAGAUAAAUGGGGUAUCACCGAGACUGAAUGGGAGCAGGCACAGAGAGCUGCUCGUACUGCGACAUGGGGAUCGAUCUUCUAUCUGAUCACCACUGAUAUUCUGGGUCCUACCAACGUCCCUUACGCUAUUAGUCGUAUGGGUUACGGUCCUGGUUUUGCCCUGUACACUGUCUUCGGUUUGUUCGCUUGUUACUCUGGAUUGCAACUCUGGCGCAUCUUCACUGGUCUGGAUUCGACUCGAUUCCCCAUGCGUAACUACGGUGAUGUUGCUUUCCGUGUUUUUGGGCCUUGGGCUCGUAUUGGAGUCAACGUUCUGCAGAGUUUUCAGUUCUUUCUCAACGUUUCUCUCUUGAUCGAGAGCAACGGUCAAGGUCUGGCACAGAUGGUCGCCGGUGUGAGCAACACCGGUGGUUUCAUUUGCUUCAUGGUCGCUGAGGCCGUCUUCAUGAUUAUCGGUUUCGUGCUUGGACAGAUUCGAACCCUGCAGCGUCUUUCUUGGCUUGCCAACUUGGCUAUCUGGGGUCCUAUUGUGACCAGCGCUGGUUGGCCUUCUGGCUACAGCCUGGAAGAGAAGGUCACUGCCAUGAUGAACUGUGUUUUCGCCUACGGUGGUGCUACUCUGUUCAACGAGCUGAUGGCUGAGAUGAGACGUCCCAUGGAUUUCUGGAAGGGUUUCAUCAUCGCUGAGAUUUUUAUCUACGUCUGCUACUUGGUCAACGGUAUGGUUGUGUACGCUGCUCAGGGCCAGUUCGUCUACAACCCCGCUUAUGAGGGAAUUCCCAACACUCCUGGUGCCUACCGUUACCAGACUCUGUGCAACGCCCUCUCAUUCGUCACUGGUGCUAUUGCCGCUCUUCUCUACGGCAACAUCGGUAUCAAGGUCUUCUACUCUUCUGUCCUGCGUGAUGUUUUCCACCUGCCACCACUUGACAGCAAGAUUGGCAAAUGGCUCUGGGUCCUGCUGGUUCCCGUCUACUGGGUCCUCGCCUGGGUCAUUGCUGCUGCCGUUCCCCAAAUUAGCAACCUGACCUCCUUCGUCGGCGCUGCCUGUAUCUUGCAGUUCUCUUACACUUUCCCUCCCCUCCUCCUGGUCGGUUACCACGUCCAGAAGGACGCCAUGCUUCCCGAGGAAGAAUUCAACCCUCGCACUGGCCAAGCCCAGCGUGUGGAUUCCGGCAUGAAGCGUUGGAUCCGUGGAUACAAGGUGAAGUUCUGGUGGAACACAUUCGAUCUUUUCUACGCUCUUGCAGCUCUUUCCCUGGCAGGUCUAGGUAUUUGGGCAUCCGUUGUUUCCAUGAACGAAACAUUCAAGAGCACGGCUUUGACUCCUUUCAGCUGCGCCAACCCUGCUGGUUAA